CACUCAUAGCCCUUUCAGUUGGUAAUUUGCGCUGGUCAAUAGCACAACGCGAUCCCGGAAAAACUCGACUGGAGUAUAUAUAUAACACCUUCUAUCCGCCAAAUAUCUCACCAUGUGCAACGCUCUCUGUGAAUGCCUGAAAUGCCCCGGCAAAGUUGUCUGCUGCUGCUGCAAUUGCGCCUGCAAAAUGCUUAUGAGCAUUAUCUUCUCAGCUCUCCUUUUGAUCGUAGUCAUUGGAUUGAUUGUCUACUUUACAGUAUUCUAUCACAAGGACAAGGAUACCGAUGAGGUGCGGAAUCAGGUGGCCAAAAUGACGCCAAUUGUAAAGCGCAGCAUACGCGACUAUUUUAAUAAGGAAUAUUAAAACUGUGGAUGUGAAUUUAUAUAUACUAUUUAUAGGCUAAAUUAAUAAUAAUAAUUCGAAAAAGUACCGAAACCGAAACUGAA